UUUUGUUUGUUUUGUUAUACGACUUACAGAUGUUUUUGAUCAUGGACGUUGGGCCUUGGCGGGUUCUUACAGUGCAGGGGAUAACAGAUUUGCGCCUCUCGUCAAUGAUUUACGGAAAGUUGUCUUCGCAUCAAAGGCCAGGAACACUAAAAAAAGUUACGGAUACGGAUUUCAGCACUGGUGUACUUGGGCUAAUUCUUUUAAUAUCAAGGUUUUACCUGCUUCGGAUUUCGAGAUUAGCUUAUACUUAGUGUCUAUAAUUCAGUCUGCUAACAGUGUGGCUAAGUUAGAUCAGGCUAUAUAUUCAAUAGGAUGGGCUCAUGAUCUAGCAGGUGUUCCUAACCCCUGUAAAUCUAGUUUUAUUAAAAUUGUUAGAGAAGGUGGCGCUAGAUUGUUGGGUUCUAAUCAUUGUAAAAAGGACCCAAUUACUCCGGAAAUUUUGCAACGUUUAUCUGAUUCGUUUGCUAAGGAAAAUAGUUCUCUUGCAGAUCUCAGGGUCGUCUGCAUGUGUCUUUUGGGUUUCGCUGGAUUUCUUAGAUUUUCCGAAUUGGUCAAUAUUAAGCGAUCGGAUCUAGAAUUUUUUCAAAAGUACAUGACGAUUAUUAUACCGAGAAGUAAGACCGAUGUUCACGGGUCUGGAUCUGAGCUCGUUAUUUCCAGAACAGCUACAGAUCUUUGUCCAGUUUCCAUGGUUGAAAGAUAUUUAAAUGCAGCGCAUAUUCUACCGAACUCUACUGAUUAUAUCUUUAGGCAAUUAUCUUAUUGCAAACUUUCGAAUUGCUACAGGCUUAGAAAUUCCGGACCACUCUCGUAUACUAGAGCUAGGGAAAUUCUCCUUGAAAAAUUAGAGAUUAUAGGCCUGGAUAGUAAAAGAUUCGGGUUACAUAGUCUUAGGUCGGGAGGUGCUACUGCGGCAGCCAAUGCAGGGGUCAUCGAUCGCAUGUUCAAGAAACAUGGUCGAUGGAAAUCUGACAAAGCUAAAGACGGUUACGUUCAUGAGAAUAUCGACGAGAGGACGUCCGUCACGAAAAAACUUGGUCUGUAAGCUGGACAAGGACGUGGUAAUGAGGUCGAAGAGCAAGGACUAUUAUGGCGGUAUCGCGUGUGAUUAUGGACAUUGUAGUGAUUUUUGUGUGUGAAAAUGAGUGCAAAAUUAAAUAGCGUCAGCUGCAGUAAGCGGUAUUCUGAA